CUGUGUCAUUGGACCAACUUUGCAUUUUGAUGUACCUUCUCUCCACUUUGGUGACGUCUCGUUUGGCUUUCCUCGCACGUUGUCCUGUCGCCUCACUAACACCUCCUCGAUGCCCGUGACCUUCAACCUUCGCAUUCCUGGGGACGGCAACGGAGAGCACAGUGCCACCAGUUCUGUCCUGAUGGCAGGAAAGACUCACCUGUCCCGGAGAAGGGGAGCUCAAGGGUAUAUCAGGCCAACUGAAUUUACCAUAACUCCCUGCAGAGGGACCAUCCGCCCCCAGGCAUUCUUGGAUAUCCAGGUCACUCUAUGUUCCAACACUUUGAAGAGUUACAAACUGGCACUGGUGGUGGACGUGGAGGGUGUUGGCAAGAAGGUGUCAUCAUUGCUCCUCACAGCCAGAUGCGUAGUUCCUCUGCUGCGAGCGCUCAACCCUGUUAUGACCUUUGGACAGUGCUUCCUAAAAGUCCCCUAUCAGCAGAUGCUGACCCUUGUGAAUGACAGCAAUCUUCCAGGCUGCUACAGGAUUCUUCCUCAGGAAUACAAGGAUGCUGCUGCUGUGCGGUACUCCAGCCUUGCGCCAUGUGGGAUUAUCCAGCCACACAGCUCGGUGGAGGUCCCGUUUACACUGCAAGCCCAGGUGGUGGGAGAGCAGGACACUGUUGCUCGUGUCAUGACAAUAGGGAGCGAAGGAGCCCCACUGAAAAUCCAUUUGGUGAGCAUUGGUGAAGGACCAGUUGUCUACGUGCAUCCGAGCAAGAUAAAUUUUGGCCGUAUCCAAGUCCUACAAGAUGCUUCCCGAACUCUCCACCUGUCCAACCAGACUCUCGCCCCUGCAUCCUUCCGGGUAGAGAUGGCUGGCAAAUGCUCACGCUGGAGGAUUGAACCACGUAAAGGAGCGAUCCCCCCCAACACCGAGCUAUCUGUGGCUGUCGUUGCAAACUUGGAUGACACCGGGAUGUUUAAUGACGAGGUGAAGGUGUUCAUAGAGCAUGGCCAUAGCUACGUCAUACCCAUCCAGGCCAUUGGCUUUGGCACCACAAUUGUUACCGACAAAGCCAUUGCUCCGGAGCUCAACUUGGGGCCGCACUUCAGCACAAUUCCAUUCUGUUACCGCUUCAAGGAAACGAACAAAGGAAGACGCACCCAUUUGCUGUAUUGGACAACUGAAGGGUUUUCUACAUUUCGCCAGCGUCAUCAUCUCCCUGCCCUCACAACCACCGAGGGCAAGGAUUCCUCCCAGAACCCCAAAUCUGCCUGCCCCGUGUUUAAGCUUCGACCGCUGAGGGUGGAGCUGAUGCCAGGCAAGAGUAUGGAGAUGGUGCUGGAAGGCUUCUCCAGCACUCCACAGGUGGUGAAGGAGCGGCUGCUGUGUCAUGCCGUCGUGGGGAGCGAGGCAGGAAAGGUGCGGAUAAUGCAAGUGGACGUCACGUGUGAGUUCAUUGCUCCUGUUCUGCAAGUGUCCUCCAGGGAACUCAUUUUCCACGUGGAGAAGCAACCCAGUGAUGUCGUGACUCUUCAGUACAAGCCUCUUUCUCUAAAAAACAUCUGCCCCCUGCCACUCAGCGUUGUCUUGGCCUUAGAGGAACCUUUCUUAAUCUGCCACGCGGACCGGCAGCCCCUCCCUGCGGAUGUUCAGCCUGUGAAGCUGGAGGCAGGGGAGGAAUAUCACCUCUCCAUCAGAUUUAAUCCUGCUUGUGAGGAGGGUUUGACUAGCAGGGAGGUAGAGAAGGUUCUGAAGAUACAGUUUCUUGAGCACCCUCAUGAGGAGCAGGUCUCUGUUCGGAGAGAAGUCUACUUUCCGAGUCUCUGUAUCCACACCAUGGCUCUGGACUUUGGCUGCAUCUUGAAUGACACUGAAGCAGUGCGUUAUACUGAGAUGAGCAACUGCAGCCCACUUCCUGUGCGGUACCGCUGGUUGUUCCUGACAGACGGCCCGGCGAGCCAGAUGAGGUUCAGCCCUCCUGCAAGUCGGUGUUUCAUCACAGCGCAACCACCACAGGAGAACAUAACCCGGUCGGAAGGCUCAGCAUCUGCAGAGAGCAGCUCCAGGGAAGAGGCUGCAGAGGAGCCAGCCAAAGGCCUGGGAGCAGCAGGAGAUCCUCUCCAAAAGCCAGCAGUUGCCAACGAUUCCCUGGAAGCAAAGCCACUACCAUCCACUGCUCCAAAGGUGGAAGGUACUGAGGAGACUGGGAGCCUGCAACGGAGGCAGUUCACGCAGGCAGAGCCCGUCAGCGUGGGCAUAGAGGAGGUUUUCAACAUCCUGCCUCUGCAUGGUGUACUGCUGCCGGGUGAGAGCCAGCGGGUCAUGUUCACUUUCUUUGCCCAUGCGAACAUCGUCGCCCGCGUCAUGGCUCUGUGCAGGGUGGAGGGAGGCCCCACCUACGAGGUUGCACUGAGUGGGGAGGCUUCCCUUAUCAACUCCGUCCUGGACAACGCAGAGAUUGACUACGGCCUACAG